GAACGAGGAGCUCAACAACCAUUAGGUCAUCAAUAGCAUCAAACUGCACUCCUUUGACCAAGAGGAUCACACCCCCACGGUCUUUGAUAAUUAUGUCGUCAGUUGAAUGAGACCCACUCCUGAUAGCCUCAUCCCACAUGCAAACCAACGUAUUAGGGCUCCCACCACUAUCGUGACUCACUUGAGGGACGAAGGAUUGGGAAAGGCGGUCAACUGGCAAGGUAACCCACUCAUGAUAUUGUUGGUGGAAUUGCCGCAUUAACACUGGAAUCCCGAGCUGUUUGCCCUCAAAGACAAUCCAGUUACGAGACCGUCAAAUAUGCUAAAGAACAGCGACCAGUGCCAUGAAUAUUUGAGGUUGAUGUACGAGGGUCAUCAACUUUUUCAGGAAGAGCGGAAACGUAUGUCGAGGCAGAGAAACAUAGCCAUUUUGGAGGGAGGGGGAGAGAAAUAUAAAUAUUUAUAUACGGUUAGUUGUUGGUUAAUCAUUAACGACUAUUCAAUUAUCCAUUACACUACUCUACUAGGAUGCAUAUUUUUUAUGUACCAAGCAGCACUCUACUCUAUUGGAUGUACUUUGAUCGGGUGGGAGUUUCCACACCCCGUUUAGUUAAUGCAUAAAGAUUGGGGCACCCUUUAAGCACUCCAUUUUCUAAAAAAAGAUAUCAAUUACACUGAAAACCGUCGAUUACUAGUUAGUUUAGCCAUAUAACCGCUAAGCGAAUAACCGGACAUCAUCCUAAAUAAAAAUAUAGCACAAUCGGCACCUCCAAUGGUUGCCUUACUUUGGGCUGUCCGUUGGUAUUCGUCUUGUCUACAAUGAGCCGUCUUCUCCAAUAGCUUGAAGCCCAGCGACAUGACGAGGAUUCAAGGAUGCGGCCGAGAAUCAGCUGUCAGAAGGUUCUUGUCAUCUUCUGUUACGCAUUAGCCACAGUUAUUAAGAAAACUUCAUCUCCAUUUCUAGAUGCUGACGAAGGACCAGGUAUCAAACCGUCCAUGUCCUGCUGAUAAAGGUAGGGAUAAUAGAUACACAUGAUAAAUCCUAGGGCCAUAGGGAUAAAUACAACAAAAGAAAAGAAAGAAACACAGGAUUAGAACUAAUAAUGAAAUACGUUGGACAAAACGACAUAGAAAGCAAAGAAAAUAGGUUGCUGUCGUUAUAGUUCACAGUUGUGAAUUGUGAUCAUUAUAUUUUAGGUAUAAUCGUCGUCAACUACUGUUACCGGGUAAUAUUUCUACAGCUACAUAGUCUGCAGAACGAAGCGAAUCCUCCGCAACAGACACAAAAUGGGAAGCCGGCAGGACUCUGAUUGCUUGUUCUCCUUCCUCUCUGCAAAAGACAGGGAUUUUCUCAUUCGCAGCAAUGGCGACCAGGUCAAAAUCGGUACUUUAAGUGGGAAGACUUUGGGAUUGUACUUCUCUGCCUCUGGCUGCGGACCCUCUCAAAGGUUCCUCCCGCUCUUGUUGGAAACCCAUCAAGAGCUCUCCUCCAAUAGCGGUUUCGAAGUGGUUUUGAUUUCCUCCGACGAAGAUGAGGAACUGUUCAAGGAACUUUUCUCCAAGAUGCCAUGGCUUGCCGUUCCAUUUUCCGAUUCAGAUGCUCGUGCCAGCCUCAUGGAGCUGUUCAAAGUCAAGUCUACCCCUCACCUCGUCAUUCUUGACACACAAGGAAACGUUUCUUGUAGCCGAGGAGUCAAGGUUGUGCAGAAGUAUGGAGCUGCAGGCUAUCCCUUUACCGAGGAGAAGCUCAAUCUCCUGAUUGAGGAGCAGGAGAAUGCUAAGAAGAAUCAGACUCUGAGCUCUUUGUUGGUCUCUCCCACUCGCGAUUAUCUCAUAUCUAAUGAUGGAACCAAGACUGCUGUGAUUGAUCUUGAAGGGAAAAUGGUCUGCCUGUACAUAUCAAUUCAUGCCGUCUCAUCAUGUGCUGAAUUCACUCCUAAACUAGUGGACUUCUACAAGCAAGUGAAGGGGAAAGGAGAGGAAUUUGAGGUUGUUCUUGUAUCGUUCGACUCCAGCGAGGAGGCCUUUCAGAAGUCUUUCGAGGCAAUGCCAUGGCUGGCUGUGCCAUUCAAGGACAAAACCUGCAGCAAGCUACUGGACUACUUUCAGUUCAGAACAAUUCCCUCGGUGAUUCUAAUCGGACCGGAUGGGAAAACAAUGAACCCGAAUGUUGCUGAGCUCGUCGAAGACUUUGGUAUCGAAGCCUACCCUUUUAGCCCGGAGAAGCUUGCUGCAUUUGAUGAGAUCAAGAAGGCAAGCUUCGAAUCGCAGACGCUGGAGUCGAUUUUGGUUCAUGGGGAUACCGAUUUUGUUAUUGAUUCGAGUGGUUCGAAGGUUCCAGUUUCUGAACUUGUUGGGAAGAACAUUCUUCUAUACUUCUCAGCUCACUGGUGUCCUCCUUGCCGCAAAUUUACCCCCAAGCUUGUUGCAUCAUACCCUGAAUUCAAGGCAAUAGACAACAACUUUGAAGUGGUAUUCAUCUCCAGCGACCGCGAUCAAACCUCGUUCGACGAGUACUUCUCAACAAUGCCUUGGCUAGCUGUUCCAUUCGACCCCGAGAUCAAGACCAUUAUGACUAAGAAGUUCAAGAUAUCAGGCAUUCCUGCUGUCGUGGCGAUUGGGCCGAGUGGCAGGACAUCGACAAUGGAAGCCAGAGAUGCCUUUGCACUUCAUGGAGUGGAUGCCUAUCCUUUCACUGAAGAACAUCUGGAGCAGCUCGAGCACAAAUUGGAUGAGAAAGCGAAUUGGUGGCCGGAGAAAGUGAGGCUCGAACAACUUCAUGAGCAUGAGCUUGUGCGGAAGAAAGGGAAACUGUACAUGUGCAAUGGUUGCGAGGAGAUGGGAGGUGCUUGGUCGUACAGCUGCAAACCUUGUGAUUUUGAUGUCCAUCCCAAAUGUGCUCUUAAUGAAGAGGAGAUCAGUGAAGAUGGAAAAGAAGAAGGGGGAGAGGGGAAGGAAGGAUGGGUUUGUGAAGGAGAUGUUUGUAGAAAAGCUUAAGAGAGAAAGAGGAGUUAUGUAGGCUUCAAGUUCCUUGCUGCUUUUGUUUGUGUUCGGUAAGUAAAGUGUUAUGGAGUUUGUUGAACUGUGCUCAAGAAAUAAUAACGUUUUGCUCUCAAUAAAUUAAAAAGGAGAUUCAAGAAGACUACUUAUAUGAUUCCAAAUCGGUUAAUCAACGAGUCAAAAUUAUUUGACGAAAAGCAAUCUCAAUUAAUAAGAAAAGGGGCAGAAUUUG